AUGUCGAAGAAAGUUAUUGUAACUGACAUCUCUGAAAAAGCUUCAGAAAAAACUGUCAAAGACUUCUUUCUAUUUUGCGGUAAAAUCAAAGAAUUUGAGCUUAUAAAGGAAGAAAGCAGCGAUAAACAAAUCGCUUAUAUCACGUUCGAAAAAGACACCGCUGCUAAAACAGCGCUCAUGCUCACAAAUGCAGUCAUUUGCGAUAGUCAAAUUACGGUAAAAUCUGCUGAUGAUGCCUCGUUUGGCGAUGAUAUAGAUGAUUCGUCAUGCACACAAGGACAGGAAGAAAAACCAAAAGCUAUUAUCUUCGCAGAAAUUUUAGCUGCCGGAUAUAUAUUACAAGACGCUAUCAUUGAGCGGGGCAUUGAAUUUGAUCUUAAAUAUGGUGUCAGCAAUUGUAUUAAACAGUACUUGGCUCAACUUCAAGCCAAUCGUACGUUAAAUUUAGAUUUUGUCAAAACUAUUGAUGAAAAAUAUUGUUUAUCACAUACCGUGACUUCUCGUGCAACUGACCUUGGCAAUAAAUUUGCGGUUUAUGAAGGUGCUAAAUAUGUAAUUAACCAAGCCCAAGAUAAGGCACACCACUUUCUUGGAACACCCACCGGAAGAAUGAUUUACGAAUAUUUUUACACUACACAACAAAAGGUUGCCGACGUUCAAGUUAUGGCAAGAAAGAUCGCUGAUGAGAAGAAGAACGACCGAAACUACAACCCCGUUCCUUCUCAUUCACAUUCAGAUGUUUCAGCCUCUAAUUCACCCAUCUCUGCUCAAUAA